UGCCUUCCCCAAACUACCCAGCCCACACGUUGUCGUGAUCCUGCAUUAAGCUGCAUUGACUUGCCCAUCAUGCUUCUCCUAGACUAUCAAAACGCACUGAUUCAGUCUCUUCUUACAGAGCGCUUCUCUGGUGCUCCCCCCGUCUCCAUUGACCAAGUGGUCUCCGAUUUCGAUGGAGUGACUUUUCACCUUUCCACCCCUGAGUCCAAGACGAAAAUUCUUAUUUCGAUCAAUGUCAAGUGUUUCAAGGAGCUUGUCCAGUAUGGCGCCCAGGAAGUACUUGAGCGUGAAUACGGUCCCUACAUCGUCUCUCCCGAACCCGGCUACGACUUCUCGGUUCAGGUCGAUCUUGAAAACUUGCCCGCGGAACAGGAAGCGAAAGAUGAAUUGAUCAUGAAACUCGCAUUGCUUAAGCGCAAUGCCAUGGCUGCUCCCUUUGAGCGCGCGUUUGACGAGUUUGCGAAGCUUGAGGAGGAGGCUUCGCGCUAUACAUCCGAAUCAGCACCGCAGGGCGUUCAGGAAGGCGGAGAAGUAAUGGCAAUUCACUACCGUGAGGAGGAGGCUAUCUACAUCAAGGCGAGCUACGACCGUGUGACUGUCAUUUUCAGCACUGUGUUCCGGGAGGAAACAGACCGAAUUUUUGGCAAGGUCUUCCUGCAGGAAUUUGUCGAUGCGCGACGCCGAGUCGUUACAUUGCAAAACGCUCCUCAGGUACUUUUCCGCAGCGAUCCACCUCUUGAGCUGCAGGGCCUGCCAGGACAUGAGAACGCGGUCAAGGGAGAGAUGAGUUACGUCACUUUCGUGCUAUUCCCUCGACACCUGACGCCUCAGCGCCGUUAUGAGAAUAUUUCCCACAUCCAGACCUUCCGCGAUUACUUUCACUACCACAUCAAAGCAUCCAAGGUGAGACAAGCUGAUACGACUACAUUGGAAAGCCACAACAUUCGCCCUGACGCUGACACUAAACGACAGGCCUAUAUCCACACGCGCAUGAGGAAGCGCACAGCUGAUUUCCUGCAAGUUCUCAACCGUGCUAGACCUGAGAAUGAAGAUCGGGAGCGUAAGACAGCGAGUGGGCGAACAUUCCGUGUUCAAAACUAG